AUGGCUGAGCCUAUUCGAAACAAGCGAUCGGACGUGUCCACUGCGCCCACACCGCAGAACACGCCGGCUACCAACGCUCCCAUAUCCUCCCGCGCCCAGCAGCCCGGCGUGGCCAGCAUCAAAGAAGAUGACAUGGAACGAGCGGCUGCCGCCUCUCUCCUGGCGCAAAACCCAAAGCUCGUGCAGAUGAUCCAAGGGCGGCUCGGCUCUCUCAUUGGACAGUCUUCUGGAUACAUCGAGUCCCUCCCCGCCCCCGUCCGCCGUCGGGUCUCGGGCCUGCGAGCAAUUCAGAAGGACCACGCCAAGCUGGAAGCCGAGUUCCAGGAAGAGGUGCUCCAGCUUGAGAAGAAAUACUUCGCCAAAUUCACUCCCCUGUACGAGAAGCGAGCUGCCAUCGUCAAUGGCAAGGUUGAGCCCACAGAGGAGGAAGUCAAGAGGGGAGACGAGGACGAGGAAGAGUCAGGGCGGGAUCAGGCCGAGGCCGCUGGCGAGGCUUCGCAGCCUGCUGAUGACGUGUCUGAGACCGUCAAGGGCAUUCCCGAGUUCUGGCUAUCCGCCAUGAAGAACCAGGUGACGCUUGCGGAAAUGAUUACCGACCGCGAUGAGGCCGCCCUCAAGCACCUCGUUGACAUCCGAAUGGAGUACCUUGACAAGCCCGGCUUCCGUCUCAUCUUCGAGUUUGAAGAGAACGAGUUCUUCUCCGACAAGAUCAUUACCAAGACCUACUACUACCAGAACGAGAGCGGCUACGGCGGCGACUUCAUCUACGACCAUGCCGAAGGCCACAAGAUUGACUGGUACCCCGGCAAGGACCUGACCGUCCGCAUCGAAGCCAAGAAGCAGCGAAACAAGAACACCAAGCAGACCCGAAUCGUCAAGAAGUCGGUGCCGACGGAAUCCUUCUUCAACUUCUUCUCCCCUCCCAAGCCCCCCACCGAUGAUGCUGAUGCAGACGACGAUGUUGCCUCUGACAUUGAGGAACGUCUGGAGCUGGACUACCAGCUUGGUGAGGACAUCAAGGAGAAGCUGAUUCCUCGUGCUGUCGAUUGGUUCACUGGCGAGGCUCUUGCCUACGAAGAGUUCGACGAGGAUGACAUGGAGGGCGCGAGGACCACGAUGAUGACGAGGAGUCGGACGAAGAUGUGA